UCUGCAGGUUUCACCCACAACAAUGUGGGCUCUCUGGGCCUUGGCCAUCAUGUUGAACAUCCAAGCAGGAACACUUGACCUGGUGGAAACACCCCCAGCGGUGAACAAUCUCCCUGUUGCUGUGCCCAAUGUGAGCACUCUCCCUCUUGUCAUGCCAAGCCCCCCACACCUCAAAGGUUCCUCCAACAGCCAAGGCUUGCCUCCCAGAAAGCAUCCAGCUGCCCCCAAAGGAGGCAAGUGUGCACCUGCAGCCAGAUACUUCCUCUCCAGCAGCCAACUCCACGACUAUCUCAUGAACACUCUGCCCCCACAGAUCGAGGAACUUGUGAAGUGUAAUGGCGUUGGCAUGGGAGGCGUGCUUGGGACACUGAUGGCCACACUGGACAACCUUGACCUGCUCUCACUCUUAGAUCCCACCUCCCUCCUACAAGGGGCAGGCGGUCUUGGCCUAGAUGGUCUCCUAGGCCAAAAAGGCAAUGAGGAGGCCUCAAAGCCCUCUUCAGGGUCCAAGGCCACUGGAGGACUCAACAACCUCCUCCCAGGGGGCAAGGAAGGCCUGGGCAGCUUACUAAACCUCGGUGGAGACAAGGGCUCUGGCAAAGGACUCCUGAAGGGAGAGGGGCUCUCCGAUAUCAAGCAGACUCUGGGUGGCGCGGUUGAAGACGUAGAACAUCUCAAAGAAUCUGUUGAGGCCAAGGUGAAGGAUAUCCUCCCAGAAGACAUCAAAAACUCACUUUCAGAUCUGCUCAAGAUAAACAUCCAAGAGCUUGUGCUCGAUUUCAAGGUCGACGAGGUGAGAGAGGAGAGCAUGGACAUAACCAUGGAAGCUGAUGAGAUCCAAGUCCACUCCACAGUCACUGCCACCAUAGGCGGAAAAGGCGUACUUGGACCUGUCAUCACCCUACUGAAAUUUGAAUCUAACAUGGAUGUGACAAUGAAAAUUGAUAUUUCCUCCAACAACACGCAAUGUGUCAACCUUGACGUCCAAGACACCCAUAUCGAGGUCAACGAAAUGAAAAUACACUUAAUAGAGACAGUCACAGGAACUGUGCCUCUCCCCAUGCCUCUGCCCUUGAAGGACAUCAUCCCAAUAGUGCUGACAGCAGAAAUGAAUGAGAAUCUGCAGAAAUCCAACUCCUGUGCCAUCGUCCUCAAGGACUUUAAUGACUGCAAGAAUGCUACCGGCUUAUUCAAGUACCAGGUUCUAAGUACCAGGAUUUCUUCCAAAGGACUUUCCAUUUUCUACUGUGUUGAAUUCAAUUUGGGAAAAAAACCAGUGCCUGUGCCUGGAGGUCGGCUGCCUCCAGACCCCAAAAAUGCCACCAUUUCUGUAACUAUGUCCACCUCGAUGUUGAAGAUACUUUUAAUGUAUGUAGCCAAGCAGAGCUCUGUCAAGAUGAAUGACCUGGGUGCCAACAUCACCAAAAUAGCCUACGCCUUCCAGAAAGACAAACUCCUCGGAGUCACGUACGAGGUUGAAAUAAGGAAGGACGGUGAGGACUUUGCCACGGGGAGAACGAAAUUAAUCAUCGCUCAUAACAGCAAGAUUUCAAAAACCAAACUGGUACCAGACAUCAAAGUCAAGAGGUCUGAGACCACAGUGGAGCCUCCUGAGGCUAAGGAAGAGGUGGAAGUCAUUAUGGCUGAAGUCAUGAAGAAGACCUGGUCUUCCUUCAAUGAACUGUUUAAACAAAUGAAUACGCCCGAAGGAGUGACUACAUUUCCCCUAAAGGAUGCCAAUGUCAGACCGCUGAAAUCGGUAAGAAACCGAAAUACAACUCUUCCUUGCUUCUUUGUCUUCCUUCGCUUUGCCUCAAAUACAGGACCUCGCAUAGAUUCCCAAUCCUGCCUGUACUGACGACCAGUGUGAAAUUAACCCAGAGAACACCAGCUUCUCUCAUAGGACUCAAACCUGAGGCUGUGCCUGACCCCACACUUCCCUGCAUCUGGGCCCACAUCAGUCCCUAGAGGGUCCGAAUGACAGAAAGGCAGCACUCGCUCAGGGUAGCUUUUCAUGUUCUCAUUCUUUCCCGCCCACCCUAUCAGGGCCAGGGAACCUGCACAAGCCAGCCUUGAUCAGGGCACCGAUCAGAUGGAUGACAUCUGAUCUACAGGCACAGUGACAAGAAUCACAUCCCACAGCAGUUCUGGAUAACAGUGGAAGUGUGGCUAUUGACAGCCAGCACUGUGCAGGGGCAGCAGGUGGUUCACUCAGGAUCCUGUGACCCCAGAGUCGGUGCCUCGCACCUGCUGUCUCUGGGUGGACCCCGACUGCAUCCACACGGAUCCCCUCCUGCCAGAGGCUUCCCCUUCAACUUCCUUCUCUCCUAAUCUAAGCUCUCCAGGGUGCUCUCCAGGUGCUCUCUCCCCAUCCCUGAAGCAGUGCUAUGUGAUCUGGUGGGGUGUGGGUUAGCGCUUACCAUGCCUGCAGUCAACUUCUGAGGUUAAAGGCACUAAUUACUGUCUUUCUCUCUCU